UAGAUUGGUGUUAAAUGGCGGCCCCGAAUAGACUGGUAUCUCUUGCCUUUGAAGCCGUCACUACACCGCACAUUCAUGGUGGUUAUAGCGUACUACACGCAGCAUGUAUGGAAAAGGAUGUUAGAACUUGCAGAACUAUUUUGUCUUGUAGCCCCAGCAAACUGGACACUAUAAUAGCCUUGAAUGUUAGAGUUCCUAAGAGGUUAAUAGACACGUGCCAGACCAAAGCAACAUUGAGAGAUCUUGCCAAAAACAGGAACUGCUCUUCAGAAUUAUUGCAGGUUCUCGAAAAGGCUGAAAAAAAUACACAGCAUUUGUCCCUCGUUCACGAAGCAGCAAAGAACGGGAGUGCCAGACACAUGAAAAGAGUUUUAAAGCUAGGAGAAGACGUAAACAAGCCGUCCCCAUUUCGAGAUGACGGAGAAGCCGCGCCCAUUUUAAUUGCGGCAGCAUCGAAUUCGUGUGAAGUUGUACGAUUUUUGGCUGAAAACGGUGCAAACGUUGAUGCAAAGGACAGGAGCAGAAGAGGUGUUCUACACUACGCAGCUAUGGGAGGAAAUAAAGAAACAGUCUUGUACCUACUUCGUUUGGGUGUUCCUGUGGACUGUCAGUCAACAUGGGGUAGAAGUGCGUUGCAUAUGGCUGCUGUGAAGGGUCAUGCAGAAACUUUAGCCGUUCUUAUUCACAAUGGAGCAGAUCUCCAUGCAUCUACAGGAUUUGGUGACACUGCUCUCUUGCUUGCUGCAGAAGAAGGAUGUCUAGAAUGUGUUAAGACACUUGUUCAAAAUGGAAGCAGUGUGGAUAUGUCAAACAUGGCCUGUUACACUCCUCUUCAUAAUGCAGCUAAAGAAGGCCACUUAGAAGUUGUCUCUUACCUGCUAAAAAAGGGAAGUCAUGUCAAUGCUAUGUCUGCUAAAAGAGAAACACCAGUCAGCCUAGCAGUGCGAAAAAUUAACAACAAAGAAAUUGUUGCAGUGUUACUUUUAAGUGGAAGCAGUGUAAAUUUGGCUGAUCGGUAUGGAAGGACCCCACUUCACUACUCUACUGACAAAGAAAUUGCUGAACUUUUAGUUAACAAUGGUGCAGACAUUCAUGUCGGAGACUUUGAGGGCAAAACACCACUGUUCUUAGCAGCUCUAGAUGGUUAUGAAGAGGUUGUUGGGUUCCUUAUUAAAAGAGGAAGUGAUGUCAAUAAGCGGGGUGAUUCUGGUGAUACACCACUCCAUGAGGCAGCGAUUAGGGGACACACCAAUAUUGCACAAAUAUUGUUGCAACAUGGGGCCAACAUCAAUGCAAGGAGAGUGACAGGGGAGACUCCUUUGUUUCUUGCAGCCAUAGCCUGCAAGGGUAAAAUAAAACAACUCUUAAUUUCCCAUGGUGCUGAUAUGAAUAUUUCAAUUCCAGAGAAUGACUGAGAGACGUUGUUUUUGAAAGAAUGAUAGAAAAAUGUUUAUUAUCUUGGAAAAAGGGUCAUUUGCUGCAUUUGACUUAAAAAAAUAAGUUAGAAUGUAAAAUUCCUCUCAUACUUGAUGGCAUUUCAACUCAGCUACUAAUACCUUUUGCUCUAAGGGAUAGAACCUACAACCAUUGGCAGACCUUUAAAGACAACUUGUUUACAGGCAAAUGUUACUUCCUGGCUUUAACAAAUGUCCCUCCCCAGCCCUACCCUGGUAAAUCUGUUUUGUCUUGCUACAACAAUAUUUUUUAAAGGGAAAAUAAUGUUCGAAAGAAUAAGAUCAUCAUUACAAACCCCUUUCAGCACUUAAAAUAAUGGCGGUCUCUUCCAUGAGAUGUGCUCAACUUCAUUUGACAUUGGUUUCCAAUUACUAGUUUUGAGGGCUUGUGACAUGCUAACUAAAAAUCAAACCAAAGAGAUGCUUCUUGAUCAUGACACACACUUGGGCUUAGUUGUAUAAAGGGCAGAUAACUCUAUCCAGUUGAUAAAUCACUAUCCAGCAGAUACAUGAUUCCAAAACAUACUUUGCUAUCCACUGAAUAGAGAUUUAUCCAAUGGAUAGCAUUAUCCAAGCUUCAAACAACCAGGAUCUGAAGAACAUUCAUAAAUGAUUCUAUUUCCUACACUGUAGCCUUUUUAAACCCCUUACACCUUAACAUCAGU